AUGUCCAAGCAGAGUUUGGAAAUUGCAAACCCCAUUACACUGCCAUGCGGUCUCACCCUGCGCAACCGCCUGGCCAAGGCCUCCCUGGCGGAAGGCUGGGCCGGCCGCGACCGGCUGCCUCACGACGACCUCAUCGAGACGUACCGUCUCUGGGCCGAAGGCGACUGGGGCGUCAUCAUCACCGGCAACGUGCACGUCGACUCCACCUACCUGGGCGGGCCCGAGGACGUGAGCCUCAACGAGCGCAUCAGCCGCAACGCGCACAUUGAAGCCUGGGGCCGGUGGGCGGCCGCCAGCAGCGAGCGCGGCACGCCGACGCUCGUGCAAAUCAACCACCCGGGCCGGCAGUCGACUAUCGGCGCGGGCACCAAGGGCCUCUUUGGCAAGUCGAUUGCGCCCAGCGCCAUUGGCGUCAAUCUCGGCCCGGGACUCGUCGCCAAAGCCGCGAGCGCGCUCGUCUUUGGCACGCCCCGCGAAAUGACCGACUUUGAAAUCGACGACGUGGUGCGGCGCUUCGCCACGACGGCCCAAGUCGCCGAGGCUGCGGGUUUCGCGGGCGUCGAGAUUCACGCGGCCCACGGGUACCUCUUGUCGGCCUUCUUGUCGGCGCGGAGCAACCAGCGCACGGAUGAGUACGGGGGCACGCCGAGGAAGCGCGCGAGGAUCGUGGUGGAGACGAUUCGGGCGAUUCGCGCGGCCGUGUCGUCGCCCAAGUUUUGCGUGGGCAUCAAGAUUAACUCGGUCGAUCACCAGAGCGCGGGCGAGUUGAAGGGCUGCCUGGAACAGCUUACUGAAAUCACCAAUGCGGGCGUCGAUUUCCUCGAGAUAAGUGGAGGAAGCUACGAGAAUCCUACGAUGGUGAGCUCGGUUGUGAGUGAAGCCGGCGUCAAAGUUUCCGCCAGCACGGCGACUCGUGAAGCCUUUUUCCUCGACUUUGCCCACGCCAUCCGCCAGACGUUUCCCGAGCUCCUUCUCAUGGUCACGGGCGGCUUCCGCAGCCGUCUCGGUCUAGAGCACGCCGUCAAGAGCGGCGCCUGCGACUUGGUCGGCGUCGGCCGGCCGUCCGUCGUGGAGCCGAGGCUGCCGCGGAGCAUCGUCUUCAACCCAGACGUGCAAGACGAAGACGCAAGGCUGCCGACAAAGAGCUUCUCUCAGGCUACGCUUAGUCGAUGGCUUGGUAUCAAGGGACUAGGAGGUGGCACCGAAACGAUUGGAUAUAUGGGUGAGAUUCAUAGAAUGCAAAAGGCCGCCGCCGCCGCUGGAGUGUAA